AAGGCAAAGAUCGACGGGCCGAGUGCUUAGGGCCAGGUGACACAGUCCUGGGUGCCGGCGCGGCUUGACAGCUUCAUCCCCGCCCACUGGCAGGCGAGCGCGGCCGGGCCACACAUGCGCGCGCGCAGGGUCCUUAAAAGCCGCGGCCGCGCGGAGACGCUGAGCUCGCCCACCGAGCGCAGGCGGCGACAUGCACGUGAACGGCAAAGUGGCGCUGGUGACUGGCGCGGCCCAGGGCAUCGGGCGAGCCUUCGCCGAGGCGCUGCUGCUCAAGGGCGCCAAGGUAGCUCUGGUCGAUUGGAAUCUCGAAGCAGGUGUCAAGUGUAAAGCCGCCCUGGAUGAGCAGUUUGAACCUCAGAAGACUCUGUUUAUUCAGUGCGAUGUGGCCGAUCAGGAACAACUGAGAGAUACUUUUAGGAAAGUUGUAGACCACUUUGGAAAGCUGGACAUCUUGGUCAAUAAUGCUGGAGUGAAUAAUGAGAAAAACUGGGAAAAAACUCUGCAGAUUAAUUUGGUUUCUGUGAUCAGUGGAACCUACCUGGGCUUGGAUUACAUGAGCAAGCAAAAUGGAGGUGAAGGUGGCAUCAUUAUUAAUAUGUCCUCUUUAGCAGGGCUCAUGCCUGUUGCACAGCAGCCUGUUUAUUGUGCUUCAAAACAUGGCAUAGUUGGAUUCACACGCUCGGCAGCGAUGGCUGCUAAUCUCAUGAACAGUGGUGUGAGACUGAACGCAAUUUGCCCAGGCUUUGUUGAUACACCCAUCCUCAAAUCCAUUGAAAAAGAAGAAAACAUGGGGAAAUAUAUAGAAUACAUGGGUCCUAUCAAGGAUAUGAUGAAAUACUAUGGAAUUUUGGACCCUUCAAUGAUUGCCAAUGGAUUAAUAACACUCAUUGAGGAUGAUGCUUUGAAUGGUGCUAUUAUGAAGAUCACAACUUCUAAGGGAAUUCAUUUUCAAGAUUACGACACAACCCCAUUUCACACGAAAAUGCAGUGAACAUCUUAUAUGUCAGCUUUAACUGAAAAGAAGCACAAAUGACAUACUCCAUCUUCUAUUGAAUAUAGCUUUUUAAGUGAAAUGUUACUGUUUUAAGCCUUCCUUUCACGCAUGUGAUGUUCAUUUUCUCUAAAUGAUUAGUUAAGUAUAUAGACUUUAAAAAAUGAGGAACUAUCAAAAAUAUGACAUGAACCAAAGCUAGGUUUUGAUCUUUAUAGUCUAAACAAGGGAUAUUCCAGGAAUAUUCUGCCUUUCAGAAGAUGUAUUUAAAUUUGUGAUUCAUAAAUGUUAAUUUCUUCAGAACUUCAUUUUAAAAGAGAUACUUGAAUUGUUAUUUAAGUCAAAGCAGAUGUAAAAAGCUCAUUUUGUCUCUAUGUUCACACUUUAAAAGAAGGAAGCUACCUACAAUGGCAAAAUUUAGUAACAAUAACUUCUACUUAUGCACCAUCUUUCAGCUGACUGUUUCAGCUCUUUGAGAACAUGGCAUAUGUAGGGCCCAGUAGGUAAGGAGUAAAUUACUGUAUGAAUAUAUCCCAAAUGAAAAAGCUAAUGUAUGGAAAAAUGACAAAAAAUAACUGGCUGGGGUGUUGAUCUACAGUUCACCCUUCCAUCUGGUGAAAACAUCUUUUCCUCUGUGCUUGCUUUAAAAAUUUUGACUCCAAAAAUCUCAGGAAUGAAACUUUUAAUAGCUAUAGCAAAAAAAGCAUAGUUAGUACUCCUAAAAUGUUGUAUUUAAGACACACUUGUUAAGAAAGAAAUACAAAUGUAAUUUUUUUCAGAUUCCUUCUUUAUUUGUGCCAAUUUCAAAAAUGCCUGCUUUUCAGUAAAACUUUUUUUUUCUUCUAAUCUUCAUGAGUUACUCAGUGUUCUAUGUAUAGAUGUAGAGAAGAAACCAAUUUUGUGACAGCCUCAACUGAAGAUGUUUUUGUGUUUUCAAAGUCAUAAUAAGAAAUAAAAAUAGCUGUGGUAUUUUGCCAUUUUCCCUGUCAGGUAUUUUAAGACAGGAUCAUUAAAUGCACCUGCUUCGGGUAAUACUAUUUGCAAGCAAUAAUUAAUGCUAAUAAUAAUGACAUGCAAGAUUUCCAAAUCAAUCAUUUACUUGUAGAAAUAUUGAAAAGUACCUCAUUCUGCCUGCUAGCUCCUAAGCUCCCAUGUGGAGCAAAAUCCAUCCAUGCGAGAUUAGUAUGGAUUCCUUAGAGAUAUUGGUGAGUUGUCAGAUUAUGACUCUGUUUUAAUUCUGCCAUAGAGAUCUAUUACCUUCACUUUUAAGGAGUGGAUUGAAUAUGAGGAACUGUUGUCUAGAUGUCCACAUACUUGAAAAACACCAAGAAGUGAACAUCAGUGAAAAUCUAAGAAAAGUUAAGUUGUAUAAUUAGGCACAAUCGUGUUCAUAACUUGUGGCGGUAACAAACCAGUUAGUGAUAUAGAUAUGAGGAAUAUCAUUUAUCUUACUCUGUCUUCCACUGUAAUGCUCAAAGCUGUAGCUUAAGCUUUUAAUUUAUGGAGAAGUGUUUGUACUGGUGGCCUUCACUAUACAUUGUGCUUUGAAUUAUUGUUUUUAAAUCAAUAAACUAUGCAGACAUUUAAACCCAAAUACUGAGUAAAACUGAAAAGAAUGUGUUCUAUUUUUUAAGAUUAUUUUUACAUUAAAAUGUUUAUUCUAUAAACAACUUUAAAUAAAUCAUAAUGUUAUAUGGUGCUGUAUAUACUGGUUAAGAAAAAUAAAUAUUAAAUUUCCAGGGAAGGGAGUGGUGAAAUCUUAAAUGGAAUUUUUCAGUGAAAACCCUAAUGUAAAUAAUUUUUUUGAACAAAUUUUUCUUAGUAAGUGAAGUAGGGCUCCCAAGGUAGCAAAACUAAAAAUGUAUGGGUACUGAAAAAAGAUUAAGAGAUUGGAUAAUGACUCUGAAAUGUCUCACACACUUAGUUGUCCCAUAUGAACAUAAUUUUAUAUACUUGUAGUAACAUUUAAAAUAGAAGUGAUUAUGUGAUAAUUUCUAAUUUUGCCCUGUGUAUAAAUUUAGGACACUGAAGAGGUCUGACAGUGUACAUAUUUAAUAAAAAUUUAAGGCAUUUCACAAAUUAAGUAUAAUUUAUGAAUAGCUUUUUCUUGCAUGUUGCA